GAAUGGGAUGUCUGGCCUGAUGGCCACAUCACACGAAUUUACUCACGCAAAGAUGCCAAACGACCUGAGGUCAAUGACUUCCAUGUCCACUGGGCUUGCGAGGGUCUAGGUGCACCUCGAAAGCAACAUAGAGGCUCGCUUGAUGCCUUAGAGUGGCAGGAAGGUGUGCGUACUACUCGUCGACGCUGCAAUGGCGUCAUUGUAUGUGCCAACCAUGAAUCCAAGGGUGGAUCGUGUGCCAUUGUCGUCCGUCCUACUACGACUAAGAAACUCAUUGCCAGACAGCUUGAGGCAUCAUGCUCUUGUGGUGCCAUACUCGUCCAUAAUAAUUGUGGUAUUAUUUAUGAUCUUUUCAAAUUUUCAGAGCGCGUGUGCUUCCACCCCCGCAUGGGUGCAACAAAGCUUGUCAUGGGCCGCCCGGGCAUCAAUGGACCACAGGAGUCAGUUGCAACCAUAUCUCCGGUGCUUCUGAACUCGGCCAGGGUGAAUCACGAGAGGAAAAAGGUGUUCACUAAGAGCCGAGGGAAGGAUAUUAUUGCAGAUUUCACAGAGUUUCAACACCAGCAUCCGGAUUUCGUGAUUUACCACACCUUCGAGCCAGUCGCAGUCAUCAUCACACAGUCGCCCAUCAUGUUGUCGUUUCUUGUCAAAUUGUUACUAUAA